AUGUCAAACCCCCAAACAACAACACCCUUCAAAAUCCUCAUUUUCAGCCGCACCACCGCCUACCGACACGCGUCCAUCCCAGCCGGGAUCCACGGCUUGCGCCGUCUGGGACCGCUCUCCACACCCACCUUCGAGGUCGACGCCACCGAAGAUCCGGCCCGCUUCACGCCGUCGUCACUGUCUACUUACCGCGUCAUCGUCCUGCUGCAAUGCUCCGGCGAGAUCUUUGACGACGAGGCCCAGCUGGAUGCGUUCAAAGGGUUUGUAUGGGGUGGGGGUGGGGUGGUGGGCGUGCAUUGUGCGAGUUUUGCUAUGGAGUCGUCGGAUUGGUAUGCCCGGUUGAUUGGGGCGGUGUUUGCGAAUCACCCGGUGCCGCAGUGGGGAAAGGUGAAGGUGUUGGAGCCGGGGCAUGCGAUCAUGAGGCGUGGGGUGUCUCUGGGAGGAGGAGGAGGACAAGGAGAAGAGGGUGAUAUUCGGAAAGGUGACUCGAAGACAGUGGACACAUCAGAGGUCAGGACAGAACGGACGUGGAUGGACGAGUGGUAUAAUUUCAAAACGCACCCACGCGAGACCAAGACGGAGGACGGGAAGGGGUUGCAUGUGCUUUUGACCGUGGACGAGGCGUCGUAUGAGGGCGGUACGCAUGGGGAAGACCACCCACUUGUGUGGUGUCAGGAGUUGGAGGGCGGUCGCUGUUUCUACACGGCCCUGGGUCACUUUGACGAGGCGUAUGAGGAUGACUGGUUCAUGGGGCAACUGUUAGGGGGGAUUUUAUGGGCGGGCGGGUUUGCCACGGACGUUCAAGAGUGA